CACCCUCCACGUAAUCCUCACUAGAGGCAGCGCUAACGCCACGUGUCACUCAAACCUCUUCCUCUUCUUUCCCUCGCCUCGCCUCGCCUCGUCGCCGGCGUCCGCGUGCAGCGUCCGGCGAUGCGCCGCUCGGCCACGGAGCCAUGAAGGCCUCGGUGAAGCUCCGGGAGGACGGGGCGGCGCCGCUGCUGCGCGCGAAGCUCCCCGUGGCGCUCUUCUCCGUGCCCGCCGUCGCCUCCCUCACCGCCGGCGACCCCGCCAACCUCCGCCUCUCCCUCGCCACCGCCGCGCCGGCGCUCCCUUCCAUCCGCCUCUCCUACGCGCCCAACCGCGCCACCUCGCCGCUCUCCCUCGCCGUCGUCCUUGGCUCCGGCCCCGGCGGCUCCCCCUCCUCCUCCGGCGCCGCCGCCUCGGCCAUCACCAUGGCCGUCGAGGUCAACACCGCCGGCGCCGUCUCCUUCUCGCUCGCCCUCAAGCCUUCGCUGGGCGACUUCGCCGUGCGCAAGCGGUUCGACUCCGCCGCCGCCGGAGGCGGAGGUGGCUCAGGUUCUUCGGCUUCGGCGGCGUCGGAGGUGACGAUGAGGAGCGCCAUCCCGGUGCGCGGCGGCGCGGCGGCGGUGAGCGUCAGGUGGGGCGUGAGGAUUCCCGCCGAGGUGACCGCCGGCGGGGAGGAGGGCGCGGCGGCGCUGGCGCUGCGGAGGCUGCCGUUCUUGGUUCUUGGCAAGGUAACGGUCGAGAGGCGGCCACCGCCACCGCCGGCGAGCACCGCCGAGGAGACGACGACGACGACGGUGGAGAAGACGAGGAGGGAGAACGAGAGGCUGACGAGGGAGCUGGACGAGCUCCGGGCAGCGGCAACGGAGAAGACGGAGAGGAAGAUGACCUCGGCUGCCGCUGGUCGCCGGAGCAGCGGGUGGAGGUCGCCGGAGAUGGCCGGAGAUCGGAAGACCGUUGAUUUGGGCCGGUGAUUCGUGGCUGUUGGAUUCACAUGUACAUAGGUCAGCAACGAAUGUAUCAGUGAACUUCUCAGAAAUCUGAAGAAAUAUUUUGUCCAGUUGAAUCAUUAAUUGGAUGGUUCACUUCAUAUUAGUAGUUGAGAAGAAUUCAUGUUCAGAUGUGUA